UGGCAAAGGAGGUGUCGGAAAGAGCACGUUCACCGCUCAAUUAGGAUGGGCCUUUGCAGCCGACGAAAACCUACAGACAGGGAUUAUGGAUAUAGAUAUAUGCGGACCAUCGAUACCCACCAUCCUUGGAAUAGCUAAUGAACAGGUUCAUUCAUCAGCAUCUGGCUGGUCGCCUGUUUACGUACAGGAUAACCUUGGAGUCAUGUCUGUUGGUUUCAUGCUACCGUCAGCUCAGGAUGCAGUCAUGUGGAGAGGGCCAAAGAAGAACGGUCUGAUCGCUCAGUUCCUUAAGGAUGUCGAUUGGGGAGAGCUGGACUGGCUAGUCGUGGAUACGCCACCAGGAACCUCAGAUGAGCAUCUCAGCGUCGUUCAAUACCUCAAAGAAUCUGGUAUCGAUGGUGCAGUCCUCGUCACCACACCUCAGGAGGUUGCCUUGCAAGACGUGAGACGGGAGAUCGACUUUUGUCGAAAGGUCGGGGUGCGCAUUAUUGGUCUGGUUGAGAAUAUGGCUGG